AUCCCCUGUAGGGGGUGGGUGAGGGGCGAGGCUGAGGAAGAAGAGAAGGGGAAUUGGGGCGCUUGAGGGGAUUAUAAUUUCUUUAAAAAGAGGGGAGGGGAGAGGCCAUGGCCGUCCCAGCCAAGAAAAGGAAGAUGAACUUCUCGGAGCGGGAGGUGGAGAUCAUCGUGGAGGAGCUGGAGCUGAAGAAGCACCUGCUGGUGAACCACUUCAACGCCGGGGUCCCCCUGGCCGCCAAGAGCGCGGCCUGGCACGGCAUCCUGAGAAGGGUCAACGCCGUGGCCACCUGCCGCAGAGAGCUGCCUGAGGUCAAGAAGAAGUGGUCUGACCUCAAGACCGAGGUCCGUCGCAAGGUUGCCCAGGUCCGGGCCGCCGUGGAGGGUGGUGAGGCGCCGGGGCCCACUGAGGAGGACGGAGCUGGGGGGCCUGGGACAGGCGGUGGCAGUGGCGGCGGUGGCCCACCUGUAGCCCCAGUGCUGCUGACCCCCAUGCAACAACGUAUCUGCAACCUGCUGGGCGAGGCCACCAUCAUCAGCCUGCCCAGCACCACAGAGAUCCACCCUGUGGCCCUCGGACCCUCGGCCACCGCAGCCGCAGCCACGGUCACCCUGACACAGAUCCCCACAGAGACCACCUAUCACACGCUGGAGGAGGGCGUGGUGGAGUACUGCACGGCUGAGGCGCCCCCACCUCUGCCACCGGAGGCCCCUGUGGACAUGAUGGCCCAGCAUGCAGACACGUCGGUCAAGCCGCAAGCGCUCAAGAGCCGCAUUGCUCUCAACUCCGCCAAGCUGAUACAGGAGCAACGGGUCACCAACCUGCAUGUGAAGGAGAUCGCACAGCACCUGGAACAGCAGAACGACCUACUGCAGAUGAUCCGCCGCUCCCAGGAAGUGCAGGCCUGUGCCCAGGAGCGCCAGGCCCAGGCCAUGGAGGGCACACAGGCUGCCCUGAGCGUCCUCAUCCAGGUCCUCCGGCCUAUGAUCAAAGAUUUCCGCCGCUACCUGCAGAGCAACACAGCUAACCCGGCCCCCGCCUCUGACCCUGGGCAGGUGGCCCAGAAUGGGCAGCCAGACAGCAUCAUCCAGUGAGGGCAGGGGUCAGGCCAGCCUUCUGCCAUGAUGGGAUGAAAACUCCAUGGACUCACUCACCAUCAAUUACCAAGGCCCUUGCAUCUCCCCAGAUCGUUUCCCAAGUUUGGCGAUUUGCUGCCGGUGCCUCAGCCACAUAUGACCAAUGGUUACAACUCAGGGCUCCAGACCUCAGCUAAAAAGAGAAGAUGCCGCCCUCCCGGGCACGAACGUUUAGAAUGCUCAGCUCCUCUAUUGUGACCACAGGAAGGUGGCCCUGAAGAUGCACUGAAGACAGCUGGGAGGUGACUGCUGUACUGUCAGCCUCUCUGUGGAGGCAUUCGUGCAGUGCCAGCUAAAAGGGAGGUGAAGGGGGAUAUCGGACCCAGCGAGGGAGUUGCUGGUAGAAGGAAAGCUCUUCUCAGUGUGGCUGGAUUAAGAGCAGCCCAGCAGCUUGGGCACCUCCACUCUGUGCGGUCUGAUGGCCCCAGCAAGGUCGCUGCAGGGACUUCCUGAGGACUUGGUUUGGUUUUUUUCUGGGGUUGGAAAUCUGAGCCAAUAUUGUGUCUGUUCCAUUUGGGUAUGAAGAGGAAGUCUGGAUCACUUAAACUGACUAGUUAUUUCCGGGUCAUAGUUUUAAAUUAAAGACAUAUCACUUUUUUAUA